UGGGUUGAUCGAAUCGCAAGUAUUGGUUAUAAUAAGAUAUCACAAACAUCUACAAAAUUCCAAAUCGGACAAAUUCUAAUCGCUUAAGUGCGGCUCGUUGGACAAGAGAGAAACGAAUAAGUAGCAUAGUGAGUGUGGAUUGCGCGCAAACUAUCGGACAAAAUAAUAAAAACGUUUUAAGCAUUCAUUUUAAGCAAGAAAGUGUGUGAAAAUGUCAACCAAAUCUCGACGCGCUGGCACCUCGACGCCCCAGCCGGGCAGCACUUCGACCCCACUGCCGCCCUCUAGUUCGCAGCCACAAGGGCAGCCGGCUUCCAGUCCAUUGAGUCCUACGCGUCAUUCGCGUCUGCUGGAAAAAGUUGAGCUGCAAAAUCUAAACGACCGCUUGGCUUGUUAUAUUGACCGCGUGCGUAAUUUGGAGACGGAGAAUUCACGCCUCACUAUUGAAGUGCAAACCUCCCGUGAUACGAUCACACGUGAGACCACGAACAUCAAGAACAUCUAUGAGGGGGAGCUGAUGGAUGCUCGUCGUGUGCUGGAUGAGACUGCUAGAGAUCGUGCCCGUCUUGAGAUGGACAUAAAGCGCCUGUGGGAGGAGAAUGAAGAGGUCAAGGCCAAACUUGAAAAGAAGACCAAGGAGUGCAGUACUGCAGAGGGCAACUCCCGCAUGUACGAGUCUCGUGCUAAUGAGCUGAACAACAAAUACAGCCAAGCCAACGCUGAACGCAAGAAGGCCGUUGAGGACCUAAACGAUGCGCUUAAAGAAUUGGAACGUUUGCGAAAACAAUUGGAAGAUGCCCGUAAACAUUUGGAGGUGGAAACAUUGGCACGCGUUGAUCUGGAAAACGCCAUCCAAAGCUUGCGUGAGGAGCUGGCCUUUAAGGAUCAAAUUCACAACCAAGAGAUCAAUGAAUCGCGUCGCAUUCGUCAAACCGAGUACAGCGAAAUUGAUGGGCGUUUAUCCUCCGAAUACGAAGCCAAACUGCAGCAAUCACUGCAAGAGCUCCGCAACCAAUAUGAGGAACAGAUGCGCAACAAUCGUGACGAUAUUGAGGCAUUGUAUGAGGCUAAGAUUCGUUCACUGCAGGAUGCAGCAGCCCGCACACACAAUACAUCACAUAAAUCGGUUGAAGAAUUGCGUAAUUCACGCAUUCGUAUUGAUGGCCUUAAUGCGAAAAUUAAUGACCUGGAGUCGGCCAAUGCGGCCUUUAAUGCACGCAUUCGCGAACUGGAACAACAGCUGGACAAUGAGCGUGAACGUCAUAGCAAUGAUAUAAGUUUAUUGGAAAAGGAACUACAGCGUAUGCGCGAGGAAAUGGCUCUUCAGUUACAAGAAUAUCAGGAUCUCAUGGAUAUCAAGGUUUCUUUAGAUUUGGAAAUUGCCGCCUACGACAAACUACUGGUGGGGGAGGAGGCCCGUUUAAACAUCACACCUGUCAAUGCGGCCACUGUUCAAUCAUUUAGCCAAUCGCUCCGCUCCACGCGUUCAACCCCCUCUCGUCGCUUGGGAUCGGUAGCACAUAAGCGCAAACGUGCCGUCGUCGAAGAAUCGGAGGAUCGCAGCGUUUCUGAUUUCUAUGUUUCGGCCAGCGCUACGGGCAAUGUCGAAAUCAAGGAAAUAGAUCCUGAGGGCAAAUUUGUGAAGCUCUACAACAAAGGCACCGAGGAAAUUGCCAUUGGUGGCUGGCAAUUGCAGCGAUCCAUUAACGACGGCGGUCCCGCUACCACUUACAAGUUCCAUCGCUCAGUCAAAAUCGAACCGAAUAGCUUCGUGACCGUAUGGUCUGCCGAUACCAGAGCCAACCACGAGCCACCGGCGAACAUUGUUAUGAAGCAACAAAAAUGGAUAACCGGCGAGAAUACUAAGACAAUUCUGCUAAACAGCGACGGCGAACACGUUGCCAAUUUAGAUCGACUGAAGCGAGUGGUCUCCACCCAUGUGUCAAGCUCACGUCGUCGCCGCAGCGUCAGUGCUGUUGAUGGCAAUGAGCAGCUUUAUCAUCAGCAAGGCGACCCCCAACAGAGCGGCGAGAAGUGCGCGAUUAUGUAAAGAAAAUUAAAUAUUAAACAGACAAACACGCAAACACACACACACAGGAUUAUAACAAUCAUCUGAUAAGUUAAUUUGUUGUGUGCUACAUAAGCAGUUACACCUAAUUUAGAACAUAAUUUGUAAACCUGUUUUCAGCAGUUGAAUUUUUUUCGUCAUAUCCCAUUUCUAGCCAGUACACACACACACCCUCCGAAUUAUUUGUUUAUAUAGUAGUUUCUCUGUUUUGGUGUUUUCGAAUUGACUAUAACAAAAAUUAACGUUUCCUGUUUCACGUUUAAAAUUAGUAACUAAACAUCUAAUCGACUUAUUAGAAAACUUCGAUUGUAAACUUUAUUUGGUAUAUAAAAGCUCAAAAAUAUACCACCUAAAAUUUACAAUUUUUCCGUUCUAUAUUUUUUAAUCAUCCUAAAUUCUUUAAAAACCAUGAAAUAAAUAUUUCAUUAUUUUUAAAGCAUUUAGAGAUCUGACUCAUCCAUCAAGUACAAUAAGCAUAUUUACAAAAUCAGUUUAUCCAACCUAAGUCCUUACCAUAUUUAUUGAAAUAUUUCUUUGUACCAAGAACAUAAAGUACAUUUACAAACAUAACAAAUGAAAGGCCGCAAUAUAUUAAAAAAAAGAAAACGUCAAAUUCUUAGGAAAUUAAAUGUAAAAUGUCUUGGCUUUGUAGAAAUUAGAUGUGGAAAGGUGAUCCUUCCCAUUUUUUACUUUCCUGUCGAACGAAACCGGUUUAUAAUCCAAGAACAAAAUAAGUUCAUAUAUGUAUGGUAUGUAUGUAUGCAUAUACAUACAUACUUAUCUACAAGAAAAAAGCUCAAAUGUGCAGCAUUUUACAUAUGCAGAUGGGGUGUGGUCUCCGUUUAAUGCGACGAUCAGCUGCCCCCAAACUAUUUUAAAGCGCAGAAUAGAAUUGAAAACAAAUUAUUUUCUAAGUACGUUUAUAUAAUUUAACUUUGAAACAAAUAAAAAGGUUUAAACAUACAA